GGACGGGCGGGAGGUUGGGGGGGGUGGGGAGUGCGGUGAGGGUAGCCGAGGCCCGGGGCUUCGGCCGGCUCCGUGGUGGCCUCCCGUCCGUCCAGGUACGGUGUUUAAGCUGGCAAAAAGCGGCGGUCGCGGCCAAGGCCUUUCCUUGGCGAGAGGCCGGCAGCUCUCUACUGCUUCUUGGCCCGACGGCGCCUCGGCCUUUCGUAAGCCGCGGUACCUAAGGGGAAUCGAGACAAAGUUGGAACUGCUCCAUCCCCGGGUGGAUAUCGGCAUCAGUCAACGGUCCAGUCCGGUCCGAGAGCGGGGGUCAACAGGUCAGUCAUUUCCUCGCCACUGUGAGGAGAGCAGAAGUGGGACAGUGAUGGCCACCGUAAAUGGGACAUCAGCGGUCUCCUCCGUUCAGCCUAUCACCAUCAAGGAAGAGCCUGAUUUAUGGAGUAAAGAUGACCUGCUGUGGUUGUUGGAUCGAAUAAAAGGCCUCAUUCCCGAGGGAGACUGCAUGAAGUACAAGACAACUGAGUCUCACUUCAACUGGGAGAAAGUCGCAUUUGGACCCUUCACAGCAGAAAUGUGCCGUUUGAAAUGGCUGAAACUGGCCUGUGAGAUCAGAAAAUAUCGCACGCUGAGCGAACUGCUGGAUGAUGCAGAGGAGCUGGUGAAAAAUCCAUAUAAGGGCAAGAAGCUGAAGACUCAUCCUGAUUUUCCCAAGAAGCCACUGACUCCAUACUUCCGAUUCUUCAUGGAGAAAAGAGCCAAAUAUGCCAAGAUUCACCCAGAAAUGAGUAACCUGGACUUGACAAAGAUCCUCUCCAAGAAAUACAAGGAGUUGCCAGAGAAGAAAAAGCUCAAGUACAUUCAGGAUUUCCAGCAGGAGAAGGGGCAUUUUGGGCAGGCAAUGGCCAAAUUCAGAGAUGAACACCCCGAUCUUCUUGCUGAACGCAAAAAGUCAGAUAUUCCAGAAAAGCCAAAAACACCCCAGCAACUGUGGUAUAAUCAUGAGAAGAAAGCUUUCCUUAAAGUCCAUCCUGAGGUAAGUCCAAAGGAGCUGAAGGAUGCCUUGCGCAGGCAGUGGUCUCAGCUGGCCGACAAGAAACGUCUCAAGUGGAUCAGCAAAGCCCUGGAGUUGCAGAAAGAAUACGAGGCAACAAUGAAGGCUUAUAUUGAAGCUCACCCUGAUCUCACCUUCGAGGAACCCACUAAGUCUGUUCUCACCAAAGCUGAGCGACAGUUGAAGGAUAAAUUUGAUGGACGGCCAACGAAGCCACCACCGAAUGGCUACUCUUUAUACUGUGCAGAACUGAUGGUUAACAUGAAAGAUGUCCCCAGCACUGAACGCAUGGUGUUGUGCAGCAAGCAGUGGAAAGUUAUGUCACAAAAGGAGAAGGACAUGUACCAGAAACGGUGUGAGCAGAAGAAGAAACAGUAUGAGUUGGAGAUGCAGAGGUUUCUUGAGAGCUUGCCAGACGAAGAACGGGAGAGAGUGCUGUUGGAGGAGAAGAUUGGGGGAAACAAAGUCACAAACAACGUCACAGCAAAUGCACAAAAUAAUGGCUCUCAGCGGCCAAAGCCCAGCACUCCAAGCUUGCCAGCAUCACCAACCAGCAAGAGUAUCCCUGACCGGCCACUGCAGCCCAUUUCUGCCAUGUUCCUUUUCUUCCAGGAGAAACGGAAGAAGAACCCCAAUCUGACGGAGAGUGAACUAACCCGUCAGUUAGCCAGGAUGUGGAACGAACUGUCAGAGAAGAGGAGGGAGAAGUACAAGAGGAUGGAAAGGGCCCUGAAAGCAGAACACGAGCAGAAAAUGCAGAAUUUCCUGAAGGAGACGAAGGAUGCCGGGGUCUCACGGAAGGCACCGCUGCCUGAAUCCCCCAAAACAGCUGAGGAGUUAUGGGAGCAAGCGGUGCUUAGGGAUUACCUCAUCAAGUUCCAGAAUGACCGCAAGAAGGUGCAGUCAGCGAUGAAGGCAGCCUGGAAGGCCAUGGAGAAGGAGGAGAAGAUUCCUUGGAUUAAGAAGGCAGCAGAUGACCAGAGGAGAUAUGAGAGGGAACUGUCAGAGAGUCGGUGUACAACAGGCACAGCUCUGCCAACCAAGAAGCUGAAGUUUGAUGGGGAACCUAAGAAGCCACCGAUCAGGAGUGGUUACCAGAUGUUCUCCCAAGAGCUGCUAACGAGUGGAGAGCUGAGCCACUUUGGGCUCAAGGAGAGGAUGGUGGAAAUUGGGCGCAGGUGGCAAAAGCUCAGCCAGACCCAGAAGGAUGUGUACAAGAAGCAGGUGGAGCAGCAGCAGCAGGAGUACAAGGCAGAGCUGGAGGUCUGGCUCAAGUCACUCUCCCCACAAGAGAGGGCUCUGUAUAUGGAGUACACCACCACGAAGCGCAAGGGGUCGGGCAAGGCUGGGGGUCCCUCAGCCAAAGUCAGAGCCAUGGGCAACGUCAGCUCGGAAUCAUCAGAGGAUGAUGAUGAUGAUGAUGAAGAUGACGACGAGGAUCCUGACAGGAGUGACUCUUCUGAUUCUGAUGAGGAUGGAGUUGAUUCAUCGGGAACUUCUGACAGUGGAUCCAACAGCGAUGAUGCGAACGAGGAGGAGGAGGAGGACGAUGACCAGUCUGAGGCCAGCUCUUCUGCCUCAUCCUCAUCCUCUUCCUCCUCAGAUGAUGAUGAGGGUUCUGACUCUGAUUCUGACUGACACCUGUUUCGGAGGGUCGGUGCAAUAGCUGGGGAACAGCACUGAACUCGUUACUGUGGCAGACGUGGAUUGGGCUCUGGAUAUCCUGUCAUGCCUCCCAAUGUCACCAGGACCUCAGCUCUCCGGACAUCUGUGUCACAGCCUCUGGUCUGGGUACAACCUGCUGUAAACCUACUGGUUUCUCCUUGUGACUAGCAGCUCCUGACCAUACUCAAGCUCGACCAUGGAUAUUUACAGCUUUUUUAAUGUUUUACUCUACUGCCAUUGUUUGAAUCAUGAAUCCUGUCUGCAGUGUUGGGGUGAGGAUCUCGAGCCCUGAGCCAUGUGGAUCAGCAACACCUUGACCAAGUGUGACAUUAACCCAGGUGCCCGGAGCCUCUACACCAGAUCUGUCCUGCAUGUCAUUUCACUGCCUGGGGAUUGAGCAACAACUCCAGUUGUUGCUGAGGGUGAUUUUUAGGGAGAGGGACAGAUGAGUUUAGAUUCCCCAGUGGAAUUAAACUUGGAAAUUUGAGGCUGAUCAUUGCUUUAUCUGCUCCUGGGUAAAGUUACUUUGCACAGAGCAACUUCAGUAACGGGACCAACGAGGGUUGUACUGUAGAUGAACGUUCAGCAUAAUAUUUCUUUGUUCAAUGUUGUUGCCCGAGGAUUCUGCUGACUGAACUGCCUUCAGCUGUGAGCAGACUCAUCUAACCUGCCCUCAAGAUAUUAAAUGGGUAGGCUUUGGUUUGGUAAGUUCCAGCUUGUCUUCAACUCCUCACAGUAGGUUUUGCCUACAGGGUUGCAGUUUAUUUCCAUGUUUACAGGAGGUAGGUGUGACAGAGCAGCCCAGCCCUAUUAGAUCCUGAAGGAGUGGGCAUGAGUUAGGUUCUGGAGCUCGUGUUCAUGUUGUGCUGUUAAGACCCAGAGUUGGUGUGGGAUCAGAAGUGAGGGUUCCAACAGGUGGUGAUGUUCUCUAUACCUGUCCUUAUCCUCUGGGUGAUGCAGGUGGUGGGUUUGGAAGGUGUUGCUGCAGUAUCCUCAUCUGGUAACUGUGGUAUGGAGGAAGGGCAGGGUGGCCAAUGACCGGUUGGACAGUGACAAAGCUUGACUGAAACAUGGUCUCACCCAGGUGAGUGGAGAGUAUUCCAUAACACUCCUGACCUGUGGAUGGUCAACAUGUCUUGAGAUGACAUGAGCAGAGGUGGUUGGGGUAGGUACAGAGCAGUGAUAGGAGAUGAAAUGAGAAUUGGGGGGGGUGGGUAGAAGCAGAAAACACUCCAGAGAAUGGGGUCUAUUUUAUGUUUCCCUCUUGCAAUAAAUCAUGAUCAACUUAGCCAGAUGGUGUAGCAAAGGUUUGGUGGGCAGGAGAGACUUCAAUUACUGGUAUUAAAUGACUUUUAAUGUGUUUAGUUACAAACCUGUGUCAUUCACUUUUAUGUAAAGGACCAAGUGGUCUUCCCAAUGUUAGACACUCCAUGCUGGACCACAGGCUGUAAACUUUGUUCACAUCUUGUGUUUGGAAGUUUGACUAUGUUGCUGUGAUUUUUUUUGCGGCAGUUUUUUGUGGAAAGUUGCUUAAUGUCAUUCCAAAGCUGCUUGGGGAGCAGAUCCUGGGGUCAAGCAGUACUCUGGAAAUCCUGUAAUUCGUCCAGUGGGACACUGUGGAAAACAGAUUUAAAAUGGAGUUAUGAACUAUCAUUGCUUCUAUUGAAAUGACAAGAUCCUACAUAGAUUCUGAUGCUAACCAAGGCAGCUGGCAACUUCACAAUAAACCUCAGUUGAAAACUAA